GGCUGCGAGCCGCCUGUCUUCAUAAGACCGCUCCCCUCGGGACUGCACUUACUUAUCGCCAAAACGGGGGAACACAGACGCCGAAUUUACCCUGAAUUUCCAAGGAAGGGACCCAGGUGUUGUGAUCUAACUAGGUGUCUCUUCUCCUGCAAACCCCGGCGUCCCCUCAACCCAUGACACACUUCGGAUGCGGAGACCAACCACGAUGCGACGAUUGUUCUGUUAAUAAUAUAUCAAGAUUCACGACAAAAAACUGCCUUUUGCCGGUUUUGAGCACAGAGGAGGGUGAAUACACUGAUCCCACCAUGAAGCUCAAGCCCAACCAGACCAGGACGUACGACGGGGAGGGUUUCAAGAGGAGAGCAGCGUGUCUGUGCUUCAAGAAUGAACGAGAAGAGGAGGUUCUGCUGGUGAGCAGCAGUCGGCACCCAGACCAGUGGAUCGUUCCUGGAGGAGGGAUGGAGCCAGAGGAGGAGCCCUGUGGUGCCGCCAUACGAGAGGUCUUUGAAGAGGCUGGUGUGAAGGGAAAGCUGGGACGUCUACUUGGUGUAUUUGAGCAAAACCAAGAUCGGAAGCACCGAACGUACGUGUACGUGUUGACUGUCACGGAGACCCUGGAGGAUUGGGAAGACUCGGUCAACAUCGGCCGUAAGCGGGAGUGGUUCACCGUGGACGAGGCCAUCAAAGUGCUGCAGAGCCACAAACCAGUACACGCCGAGUACCUGCGGAGGCUCCAGCUCAGCUGCUCUCCCACCAACGGCAACGCCAUCCUCCCAAGCCCACCGUCAAACGACAUGUACCCCCAUUACAGCGCAAACACCACCUCACCCUCGACGGGCAGCGUGCUGGGCUCCUCCUGCAGAUAGGACUGCACCUCGGCCCCUCGCGCCCGUCGAGCUCGGACAGUUUACUUCAAGUCUGUACAGUCUCUUGCAUGAAUCGGUUGACUUCUCCAAGUCGUGGUUCACUUGUAUUUAAAAUUUCUAAUCAUAGCUGCAAGACUGAUCAAAGCCAUUGACAGAACUUUGAAAGACUGAGCAGGAGAAGCUUGUUGAGCUCACAGCUGACAUUUUUCUUUGCUGGCAAGCAGCAGUUUGUGAAGAAGACGUUGCAGACUCUGCUUGUGUGAUCAGUGGAGGAAUGCCUUACAGGAAUUUUGUAUGAAUGUUGUAUUAGGUCUUUUUUUUAUUUCACUAAUGGUCAUUUUUACCUUUUUAGUGGGGCUGUGUAGCAAAUAAAAAGGGUAAGUGGCUCCAAAGCACAUCAGUGUGCAGAAUAUUUCAAGAUAUAACGAUGUCCAGAAUGGUAACAGUAAAUGUAUUAGACAUGAGCCCAAGCAUUUCAAAAGCUGGAUUUAGCUUUUACACCAUAUAUAGAUUAAUUACAAACAUUUUUUUUCAUUCAUUUACUCAGAUUAGUAUCUUGUUGACACUGUUCCCAACUUAAAAGUUAUCAAUGACUUUCUACCUCAGUAAACUGAAAACUGGAUAUGAUCGUUAUGUGUUGUGAAAGCACUACUGCUUUUAGUCAAAGUUCAGCCUGCAGUUACACGUCAGCUAGCCUUGAUGACCCAACAAAUGUCACGGCACCACCUCGUAUAGCCCUCCAGAUUUCCCUUCAAAAGUGUUAAAUCAUGCAAAGCGCUUUUUUGCCUUUGAUAUUAUUCUCCUGUGAGUUUCUAUUUAAUCAGGAAAUGUGGAUUUUUACAGUUUACCUUUAAAUUAAUAGUAAUAUUAUUUUUAAUCUUGUCUCCUGGUGCUUUAAUGUGAUCCGUCAAAUCCGUUCACUAAAGACAUAAUUUCCAGAUGAUCUCCUAGUAGAUAAGAUCUGACUCUGCAACAAAAUAAAUCUCCCACUUCAUGUAUUUUUUCAUUAUUCUCUUGAUGUUUUGACCCAGGAGUGUUGGAGUAACAGUAAAAAAAAAAAAAAAAAGCCAUUAGAGCUUCCCUACACAAAUGAAAUUGGUGCUAUAGCUCAUAGUUUGAAGAGUCACUGAUCAUAAUUGCAGCCUGUAAAGUUUUAGCAAAUUAAAUGCAGUCCUAAUAUGUAAAUAUGUCUGUUUGUCAACACCACCCCUAUUUUUUUUUUAGAUACAUUUAAAAAAUUCCCAAGAAAAAUGGCUUACACUAACUGUUAUAUAUCAAAUGUAUUUCUACUCUAUGUACUACAGCUGACCACAUGGGGGCAGCACGUCACAGGAAAGUUCAUGUGUCAGUCCCCGGAGUUAAGACACAGCAAAGUGCACCUCUAGUGGCGCUAUGCCCCCAUGUGGUCAAAGAUGGUAUUGCUGCCUAGUGUUGCUUUAAAAAUCAUAGCUUUGGCUUUCCCUGCUUCGACAGCUGAAUGACAACUAGUACACUAUUAGUAAGGUCUGUAAAUAACAAUGAGGUUUUUAACCUAAAUGAAACUGUACAUUUUCUCUUGAUAUUUUCUAUAUUUUUUAAAACGAUGUACAUAUGACAGAAAAGGACAGCUCCUGCUGAUUAUGUACAGUGUAAGGUAUUUGUUUUUAUGACAAUGUGCCAGAGGACAGGAGGUGAAUCUUUGUGAUGAGAUGAUGGUAGGAACGCAUCUUCCUGUCAAGAAACCUAUUUUGUUGAUCAUAAAGAGACGGGAAGUGGAUUUCAGACUGAGAUGCCCUGUUAGAUGUAGUCUUUAUUAAAAUGCCUGACAGCACAGAAUGAAAAUAAGAUAACCUGAGACCUUAAGCAGAAGGUUAAGACAUUUUAGAGAAUUAUCUAAAAAUGUAGAGCUUUGUCUGUCUCCCUAUUUUUUUUUUUUUAAAUCAAUAUAAAAAACAUUUCAGUAACAAACUUGUAUUGCUGCCAACCAGGCAAGGAAGUGAAUGUUUGGAAACAGAAAGAAAAUACUGUUGAUUAAUUUACACUGGCAGGCAAACCAGUAUGUCAGCCAGCAUUAUAUAACUCCUCAAAACUUUUGCCACCCCACAAAGAUUUUAUUUCAUGUUUCAGACUUGGAUCAACCUGCUGCUGUUGCUGCUGCUCCGUCACAAAAUCUUAUCUGCUGUAAAACAUAAACUUUGACACUCUAGUUUACCUGUUGUAAGGAGUCAGCCUUGAUUUUUUUUUUGUGGGCGUGUCAGGUUUUAUUACAGGCUGAUGAACUGGAAAUGCAAUGUGCCAAAUUUCAAAAUUUGUAUCCUGGUAGAAUUAAUUUUUGUUGAAAUAAUUUGUGAAUGUUAUUAUUUCUAACAUGGAAAAGGUGCAUUUUUGGAGACUGAAUCUUGAGUUUUACAACUUUUGAUUGAGCACUUAGUCUUAACUUUAUCGUAUUGUGAAGUCCACUUGUAAAGUAAUUGUUAAUAUAACAGACUACAAUUCAAACCUAAAUUGAAUUAAAACCUAUUAAUCUGGAAGUUGUGCAGCUCAGCCUGAAACACGUUCUCUCCACUUGCUGAAAUGCAUUUGAAUGUUCACUCGUUUUAUUUUCCAUCUGAGAACAUUUGAAUCAAAGUGAAUGAAAGAUGUGUCACCAUUCAUUGUGAUAUUAUGCAAUGCCAAGUUGAAUGUGAAUGUGAUUUGGAUUGGAAACAUUGUUUCUUUUUGAAAAAAAAAAGGAUUGCAUUAAAGGGGAAAUAUCUUACUGUGACUGUUGUUGAAUAUCCAUUUACUUAAAGGAGAUUCCUUAUUUUUUCAAAAGUUAAAGGAAUUUUUUGAGUCUUAAUAAAACAUUUGUGACAUUUCUUGGUCAAAAUACUGCAGAAAUACAGUGCAAAAGCUCCCUUUUCACCCAUGUUUGUAUAGCUCUGUUUAUAGCAGCUAGUUCUAGGGGGUGGAGUCAGACAGUUCCCUCUGGUCUUCUUCCUUUCGUCCUGAGAUCAGCUUUGCGCUGUCCACUUCGGAGGUACAAUACAGGCGCAUGAUAGGAAUCUGGAUGGAUAUUUCUACUCUGAUCUGGAUCUGUGAUGUCAUAAAACACGUUAAAUCUGAAUGUUUCAUUGAAUUACACAUUUUGAGACC